AUGAUAGAGUAUAAUAGAAAAAAAAGUAAGCAGUUACAAGUAGAAAUUGAUGAUAUUGAUGAUGGAAAAAUGAAAUGUAAAAAGAAUAAUUAUGUAAAUGGUAAGAAAAAAAUAAAGAUUAAUAAAAUGAUUAAGAAUAAUGAAAAAAGCUUGAAGAAAAAGAAAAGCAAAGGAAAGGUGAACACUUACUUGAAAUCUGAAUUAGAAGAAUAUUUAAUUGUAGAAGAGUCUUGCUGGAGAACUU